CGUUAGAGCCACAGUUCAGCAGCCACUCCGCUGCAGACGAUGAAGGCGAUGAAGAUGUCGGAGCUGCUCCUCAUCUUCAGCUGUGUCCUCGGGAUCUCUGCUGACAUUCUACAUGAGAGCCGUGACUUCGGUGGCUGUUCAGACUCUGAUGGAGCGGCGACGAACACACUGGAUGGCGAAGAGCUUUGGUACGCAGACUUCAUCAACAAGAGAGGAGUCACGCCUCUGCCAGGCUUCGUAGAUCCUAUUGCCUUCCCAGGAGCUUAUGAAGAAGCUGUGGCUAAUCAGCAAAUCUGCAGACAGAACCUGAAGAUAUGUAAAAUGGCUAUGAAGGACCUCCCAGUGGAACAGGUUCCUCCUUCCGACCCGAUCAUCUACAUCAGAGACGCCUUGGGGCUCAGAGAGAACAACACGCUAAUCUGUCAUGUGACCGGCUUCUAUCCGGCUCCUGUCAAAGUCUCCUGGAUCAAGAAUGGAAAGAACGUGACCGACGGCACCAGCAUCAACGUUCCUUUCGUCAACAGAGAUGGUUCCUUCACCCAGAUCUCCAGACUGGAGUUCACCCCUCAGCAGGGAGACAUCUACAGCUGUUCAGUGGAACAUGUGGCCCUGAGCCAGCCGCUGACCACCAUCUGGGAUCCGUCCAUGCCUAAGUCAGAUAAAGUCAAGAUCAUCAUCGGAGCCUCAGCACUGAUUCUGGGUCUGAUCUUUGCUCUGGCUGGAUUCAUCUACUACAGUCGCAGGACCCCAGAUCCAUUUUUGCUUGAGUCAGAGAAAAACAAGAUCGCCAUCACAGCCUCAGGACUGACCCUGGAUCAGGUCUUAUCUCUGGCUAGAUUCAUCUACUGCAAGAAGGAGGCCCAAGGACGUAUUCUGGGUUCCUACUAACUGAGACAAGAUCCUGGUCCUGGUCCUCAUCUUGUUCCUGGUUCAGGUCCUGAUUCUGUCCCAUGACAGAAAAACCAGCUGCUGCUUGAACAUGCUUUGUGUUUGCAGCUCAGCAGAAAGUUGAUCCUUUCUGGACUGGACUUCUGUGAACCUGGUCCAGGACUGAAGUCUGAUACUCAGCUAAUCUGGACCUGGUCCCGGACCCCCACAGUGUGAAUCCAGUCCUGCUGUCUGAUGCAGAAGUGUCAUUGUUGUGUGCUGGUCCAGUCCUGGAUCAGGUUUAAUGUGGUCUCUGCUGCUUCACUGUGUCAAAUGGAUCAUUUCAGCCUUUUGUAUCUGCAGACCGACGCCUUUGAAAUCACUUGUAACCAGAUGUUUGACUGAUUUGUGGCUGAUUCACAUUUAUUCUUUUUUUACUGUACGUUUUUCAUAAACUGUCACAAAACCUGA